CAGCUGCUUUCACAUACACGCUGAACGAAGGUGGUGUUUUGGUUUUGUUUUUCUUUUAUACAAAAAAAAAGUUUCAAAAUCGAAGGAAUUAUUUGUUAAAAUUUCACAAUCGGAAUGUUUUAAGCCAACAAUUUAAAAACAAGACACCAAUUAAAAUAAGUUUCCUUUUCCUUUAAAAAGCAUGCUGCGUCUUCUUGUAUCACAAUGCAGUGGGAAAUCCGAUAUUUUAAGUCGAGGCAUUUAUAACCUUCCUAAGUUCCGGUUUAAUGCAAACACUGCCAAGGACUGUGGUAAUAAGGUUCAUCGGAAUUUCCAUCAUAAUAACAAGAAUGGUAUCGAGCCAUCAAGGGCGCCCCCCUCAAAGGCGAAUUCGUGCCUUGGGGGUCUGGCAAGAACAAAGGCACUUCUGAUUGGGGCUGGGGGAGUUUCUCUCGGACUGGCAACUAAAUGCAGGAGCAGUUGGUUCGUCCAAUGUGAGAGCAACCGAUUGGCGGGAGUUCUGCAGAAAACUCUGCAACAGGAUGACACUAAAUUCGACUGGAAGAAAUUCUGGGAGUACCUUCAACCUUACCUCUGGGAACUGCUUGGCGCUGUUUUCGCCGCUUUAGCUGUCGCCUUUAUAAAUAUUAAAAUUCCCAAUCUCCUCGGAGAUCUAGUCAAUACCCUGGCGAAGUAUGCGAACACAUUCGUCAAGGACCCCCUGUCCAAUACAUUCCUUCGUGAUGUAAAGACCCCAGCCGCUAAUCUUCUGGGUCUGUAUGUCCUUCAGUCCGGUUUCACCUUUUUGUACAUAUUCCUCCUGAGUCGCAUUGGCGAGCAAAUGGCCACGAAAAUCCGUCAGGAUCUCUUCAAACAGAUUCUCAUCCAGGACAUCGAAUUUUUCGAUGAGAACAGAACUGGAGAGCUAGUUAAUCGACUUACCGCCGAUGUACAAGACUUUAAGUCAUCUUUCAAGCAAUUCGUAGCCCAGGGACUGCGAAGUGCUGCCCAACUAGUCGGGGGAAGUAUAUCGCUGUUUCUCAUAUCACCACACAUGGCUGCGAUUGCUCUGGCCGCCGUCCCAGCUGUGGUUAUGUUUAUGUCGUUCUUAGGGAAAACUUUGAGGGGACUUAGUAAAAAGUCUCAAGCGCAGUCCGAAAGAGCUACGUCCGUUUGCGAGGAAGCUUUGUCCAACAUCCGGACAGUCCGGUCGAGUGCUUGCGAGUAUCGUGAAAUCGAUUUGUUCGAAAAGGAAACGGACAAAGCAGCUGUGAUGGCACAGCAACUGGGAUAUGGAAUCGCUAUAUUCCAGGGAUUAACUAAUUUCUUCCUGAAUGGCUUAGUUUUAACCACCUUGUUCUUGGGUGGUCAUCUUAUGUCUACAGAAAGUCUUUCCCCCGGUCAGUUGAUGGCAUUUUUGGUUGCGUCUCAAGGUGUCCAGAGAUCCUUGGCGCAAGGUUCAGUAUUGUUGGGAACAAUGAUUCGUGGUCUAACAGCAGGAUCACGUGUCUUUGAGUAUUUACAACUCCAACCCAAAGUGGAUCUAUUGAGAGGCUAUGAAAUUCCAACUGAACGACUCUCUGGUGAAAUUCGUUUCGAUAAUGUUUCAUUUGCAUAUCCAACAAGACCUGAUCAUGUAGUUCUUAAGGAAUUCAGUUUGACUCUGAGGCCAGGCGAGACAGUAGCUCUGGUUGGUGCUAGUGGUUCGGGUAAAUCAACGAUUGCCUCUCUUAUCGAGAGAUUCUAUGAGCCCACGUCGGGUACCAUUAAAAUUGAUGGCUACAAGCUGUCCGAUAUCUCUCCAUAUUGGUUGCGAUCUGAGGUUCUGGGAUUCAUUGAACAACAGCCAAUUCUAUUUGCGACGACAAUUUUUGAAAAUAUUCGUUAUGGACGUCCAGAUGCCAAUGAAGAAGAAGUUUAUAAUGUGGCAAAACUGUCGCAAUCCCAUGACUUUGUAAGUGCCCUGCCUGAGGGUUAUGAGACAAAUGUUGGAGAACGUGGUGCUCAGUUGAGUGGAGGACAGCGUCAGCGUAUUGCAAUCGCCAGAGCCUUGCUCAAAAAUCCAAAAGUACUAAUCCUAGACGAAGCGACUAGUGCCUUAGAUGCUACUAGUGAAGCAAUUGUCCAAAAAGCUCUUGACACUGCCGUUCUCAACAGAACCACAUUAGUUAUUGCUCACCGAUUGUCUACAAUACGAAAUGCUGAUCUUAUUGUUGUCCUCGAUCAUGGAAGGGUUGUGGAAAGCGGAAAACAUGAUGAAUUAAUGGAGAAAGAAGGACUCUAUUAUGAAUUAGUUCGACAGCAGGAAAAACGUGGAACCAAACCUCCUCAACCAAUACAACAGCAGGAAAACACAAUAAGUUCUCCUCAGACUUAUGUCCCCAUUUCCGUCCAAUGGGAUGAGACAAGCACGAGUCAGAAGACAAAUUUGCCACAGGGCUAAGGAGGAAAUAUCAUUGACAACGAUAGAGAAUAGUUGUUGUAGUUUUUAAUGGGAAAGAGUGUUAAAUUUCAUUUCUGUUUUAUUUUAUUCAAAAAAUAACGAAUUUUAGUUAGAUUCUUUUUGUUUUGUUCUUUUAUAAUUUCCUUGUUUAAUUUAUAGACUUGAAAAAGUAUUGUAUUAGUAAAUAAUUGGCUAAAAAUCAUGAAUUUUUAAGUUGUUAAUGUGAAAGACUAAAUUAAACAAAAAAAAUAAAGAACCUUUAAGGAAAUAA